AAUGUAAACUGUACUAAGAAAAAUGUACACAAGAAUGAGAAUAAAAGGGCUACAGUAAUAACCUUAAUAAAAGCUGAAAUGUAAGAAAUAAAAAGAAAAGAAAAAAACAAGAUCCACCUCGAUCCACACACGAAACCGUUCUUACAAUCUUUCUUCACCAAAAGAAGAACUGUUCUUUCUCCCACUCUCUCUCUCUCUCUCUCUCUCCUCUCUUUCUCUCUCUAACUAUGAAGAUCUUGAAACUGUAAAAAAAAUGAAAGGGUUUUUUUUCCUUGUUUGUUAGCUUCGAUAUACCAAAACUUCUGCUAAAGACGAGAUUUUUAUUAUUUAAUUUGUAAUAAUCGGAGAUGAGGGAAGAAGAUUCCAAUUGGUUUUCCAAAUGGGAAGACGAAUUGCCGUCGCCGGAGGAGCUGAUGCCCUUAUCCCAAACCCUAAUCACCCCCGAUCUUGCUAUCGCUUUCAACAUUCCCACCCCCCACCACCACCACCACACCAUCCACCACAACCACACGCCGCCUCCGCCGCCGCCGCAGGAAUCCACCGCCGUCUCCUCCCAGCCCAAUUCAUCCCCCGAUUACGACUCCCCGGAGCUGAGCGGAGCCGGAGGCGGAGCAGGCGGGUCGGACGAGCCGGCGAGAACCCUCAAACGGCCCCGCCUCGUGUGGACCCCACAGCUGCACAAGAGAUUCGUCGACGCCGUCGCCCAUUUGGGGAUCAAGAACGCCGUCCCCAAAACCAUUAUGCAGCUCAUGAGCGUCGACGGACUCACCAGAGAGAACGUCGCCAGCCAUCUCCAGAAGUACCGCCUCUACCUCAAGCGGAUGCAGAGCAUCUCCAGCGGCGGAGGCGGAGGCACCGCCGCCGCCUCCGGCAUCGACGCCGCCACCGACCGCUUGUUCGCCAGCUCGCCCGUGCCGGCCCAUUUUCUCCAUCCGGGUAGGGCGAAUUCCGACCACCACUUCAUGCCGUUUGUGCCGGUGGUCCACCACCACCACCAGUACCCACAGCAGCAGCAGCAGCAAUUCCGGCAUUUCGGUAAUUCACCGCCCAACGGGGGGCAUCAAUUUGACAAUCCAUUUAUGAGACAAUCGCAGCAGCAGCAGGUGCAGCCGAGGAAUACGGCGAUGCCGCCUAUACAUAGCAGUAAUGGCUCGAAAGUUCUCACCUUGUUCCCGACCGGUGAAGAUUGAUUAUGUUAAUAAUCGUCGAACAAUUCGGCUUCUUUUCAUUGUGAAAAAAACAAAAAAAUCCAGUCUUUGGUGGGUGGUAAUAAGUAGUGACAUAGUUUUUGUUCCAAGUCAAUUUGCUGUGUUUUUUUACUCUGUUGUUCUUGAUGCUAUAGGUUGAUUACUGUUUUUGUUUCUUUAUUCUGCUCUUGUUGUUGGUGUUUAUGUAAGCUCUAUUGUCAGUGAAUUUUGAUUUGAUCUGUCUGAAGUGUGAUCGUGUUUUCGGUAGCACUCUGUUAGUUUGAUCUAUGUAGUAGACGUUCAGUUGUACGAUGGAUUGUAUCGAAUACAAUGUAAUAAAAUUUCG